AUGGACUCCGACGCAAUCAUCGUGGAUGAGAUCAUCCAGUCCUACGCGGACGGGAAGAUAGCGGAGAGCAGCAUAAUCGCGGGUUUAGCUCUGGUCGUUUACGACGGCUUGCUGCUGCUUGACGAUGAGGUCAACUUGUUUUGGGGACGUCCCCUCUCGGGCGCCCAAGUGCUCUACCUUGCGAACAAAUACGUCUUUCUCCUGUCGGUGAUCGUCAAUAGCGUAUCAUUUGUGACCACUUUCUCCGACCAGUCAUCUAGCUGCGGUGGGGUUGAGGGCGCUGCAGUAGUGUUAUCCACAUUCCCUUAUUUCGUCUGGGCCGCGUUCUCCGCUCUACGAGCUUACGCCUUGAGCCGCAGCCCAUAUUUAGCCGUCGCUGUUGGUACAUUCUCCAUGGUACCCGUGGGAGUGGAUCUUACCCAUCUAGGCUUCAAUUAUGUUGGAUCGAGUGACCCCAUCUUUGGGUGCGGAUACUUCCAAGACCUACCCACCCAGCUUCCAUUAACAUCCUCGCUCAUCGUGGCGGACCUGUUGCUGAUCGGUAUCACCUGGUACAAACUCUACGGUGCUGUGGGCUGGUCUCUACUCUUCCAGCGACAUAGCGUCACCGUCACAAGCAUUCUCUUGUGCGAUGGUACAAUCUACUUCAUCGUUCUUCUCGCGCUGAAUGUGUUGCAAAUGGCAUUCACACUCGCAUCCAUCUUCCAAGAAGCCGGGGCCCAGAUCAGCAACGUCACGGCUCUGAUCGAACCGGUCACCGCCGUGUUGAUCGCCCGCUUCCUGCUGCGCCUGCAGAGGGCCAACCAGAAGGACCUGAAACUGGGCGUCGCAUCCUCGAACGGAAUCACUACCACCGACGCCGACGGCGCUGCAUGGCGGACUAUAACGUUUGCCCAGGUCGCCACGUCCGUCGGCGCGACACUCAAUCCUGAAGACUUCUGGCGCGACGGUUCUGCCAGUGAAAUGGAUAGCGUUGUCGAGGAUGGGACCUCCGUUACGGGCGGUUCUGCCCAUGGAUACGAGGGAGAGCGUAGUGGCAAUGCGACGCUCCUGCACGAUAGGAGGGGUUUUAUGGAUCUUGAGUUCCGGGCCGACAGGGGUGUCGGUUUCUCUGUCGCUGUCACUGCUACCGAUAUCGGCGUCGAUACCAUCCUCCUCGUGUCCGCAUAUGACGGCAUCUGUGUGCGGGGGCUGAAACUGCAUUAA